UAGGCCUACCGUGGGAGCGUAAGAGGCUAAGAAUUUCUUUCGGAGGUAUCUUUGAGCUCGCUGAACAGACACUAUGAGCAAAGCUCACCCUCCUGAACUAAAAAAAUUUAUGGACAAGAAUUUAUCAUUGAAAUUAAAUGGUGGCAGGCAUGUCCAAGGAAUAUUGCAGGGAUUUGAUCCCUUUAUGAACCUUGUGAUAGAUGAAUGUGUGGAGAUGACAACAAGUGGACAACAGAAUAAUAUUGGAAUGGUGGUAAUAUGAGGCAAGAGUAUCAUCAUGUUAGAAGCCUUGGGACAAGUAUAAAGAAUGGCUGUGUUCACCAGAGAAAUCAGCGUGCUUCUACGUCUCCUCUCCACACCUCCUGUUUUACUACAAUAUGAAAAUCGAGUCUUGUACAUUUUCACAUUGAACUUUUGUUAAAUAAACUUGGGUAUUGGUCAAAAAAAAAAAACAAA